AUGAUGCUAUUGGCUAUGACUGGCAACGCGCAUAAGCACGAGAAUGCUGGCUCUGGCCACUUUACCAAGCGCCCCUUCUCACUUUUCCACUCUCUUUGCCUUCUGCUCAUUGCCUUGGCCUUUUCAGGACAAGUCCUUGCCGACUGCGAAUGUGGCUAUCAAAGUGAUAGCCCCGACGGCGAAUAUCAGGAUGUCUUUACCGAUCUCAUUGAGACGAACUUUGCGCGCAUGCCGGAUAUCUCCAGCAACACUGACUGGCAGCGCCAGGAGUUCAACGUAACCAAGGCUAAGGCUCGCGGAGAAUAUGGAGAGAUGUUUUACGUCAAGGAUGACGUCGAAUAUGUGGACAAGAAUGGCAACAGGGCCUCGGACGGCUUGCAGCUCAUUGUCAGACAGGACCCGAUCGACGGCAUGGUUCCCGUAGCGGAGGUCGAUACUGCCAGGCUGGAUCUUUCUUAUGGCACUUUCCGGGCUUCUAUGAAGUUGACGGAUAUUCCUGGUACAUGUGCCGCAUUCUUUUGGUACUUCAAUGACACUCAGGAGAUUGACAUGGAGUUUUUGUCCAAGGAUUUCGACCAUAGUAAGAACACCUACCCAGUUAACCUCGUCCUGCAAUCCCGAGCCGCCGCGGCGCAUGGCUACGACGCGUCACAAACCGACAAUUUCAUCAAGGCAAACCUGCCCUUCGACCCCACGGCUGAUUUCCACGAAUACCGCAUUGAUUAUAACCCCAGCGAGAUUCUCUUCUACGCCGACAGAGAGCUGCUCGGAAAGAUGAAUGGCUCCAACGCUCCGAGCCCUAAUUCACAUGGGCACCUGAUCCUGUCGCAUUGGAGCAACGGAAACCCCAAGUGGUCUGGUGGGCCCCCGAAGGAGGACGCCGCUCUGGUCAUCCGCUAUGUAAAGGCUUACUUUAACUCUACAGAGCCCAAGAGAACGCAGGACUGGAGCGGUCGGUGCAAGAAUGCGAAGGCGGAGACCUCUGUUUGCAAGAUUCCCGUUGUGACUAGGGAGAACCAGACUGCGAAGGACUAUUUCUUUAGUGAUUAUGCGGACAAGGCAAAGAACCAGACGGUGUAUGAGCCUACUAGUGGUGCGAGAACCUUUGAAGCGGCAUCCGGAGAACCGGCAUAUCUGGGGGCACGAUUUGAGGUAUUGGCCCCUAUUGAGAUCAAAGAAAGGGAUCUUCAACAUCGAGAAUGA